CCCCGCGCUGUCCCGGAAACGCGCGGCUCUCCCCUGCCACGCCGCCUCCUCGGCCACCAGUCUCCCCUGCAACCGGGAUAAGAAGGGAAGCCGCGCGGCGAAAGAAACAGGAGUGACAAAAAGAAUCUGGGAUCGGGAGGCCUGCCAGGCUAGUAAGUAGAAUCUCGAAAGGGAGGCAGCCAUGGAUAUACUGCUAGGUUCCGGGAGAUUCUUGGCGCGACGGCCUCCCCUCGCGCUCGUCCCUCGCUGCUCCCGAGGCACCCCGGACAAAGGCCCCAGCGACAAAGGUGAAACCUCUACCGACUGGGACAAGGCUUGGUCUACAUUUAAGAAGAAAGGGAAAAGGACCCUAUUUUCAGAUUUCUCACCAAACAAGUAUGUGACCUGGAAUCCGCGGCGCAGUGAGUAUCCAUUGUCAGAAGAGGUUGAUCCAAUCAAGAGAACUGAAAGAUCUAACUUGAUGCUAUGGACAAGUCCCCAGUUUACCUUGGUGGGGGCGAUAAUCAUCGUCUUGACAUUGCUAAUCUAUACACUAGUUGUCCCACCCAAGUAACUGAAGUAACAGCUAGGAGUGAGCUGUAAGCCAAGACUUCAACUGUGAAGUCUGUAUUGUACAUUUUGAGUGUGCUAUACCAACUAUAGCUGUAUUGCUUCAAAUGCAAUCAAGUCGUAUAUGAUAUCACAUUCGUUCCAUUUUGGAUAUACAAAGUGGCCCCUCUGAGUCU